AUGCCUCGCAUGACUCGAGCAAAGGCCGCCCAGGUCGCUGAAGAGCUACAUGUAGAUGAGGAUGCUGUGCUUGAUCUGAACAGCGAAAAUGCGGCAUCCAUCGCGAAGAUUCAGAUAGGCACCGCAACCCCGGACAACACCCCUAAUAGCGGCAGCAAUAAAAGCGAUGAGUGCGAACCAGCAGACUUGAAGAGGUCUACUAGGAGUACGAAGGCGAGUACGAGGGUUGUGAAGGGCAAGAAGGGUGGAGAGUCCGCUGCGGAAAAUGUACCGGAGGCUGAAGCGGAGCUUGUGAACGUAAAGGCAUCUGAGGAUGGAGACCUAGCCUCAGCGACAGCCUUUAGUGGUACUAUUGCUGCUGGUCCUAGGAAGAGCCUGAUGAGAAACAUGUCAGAAGAUAGCUUAGCUUUCGAAGACGACGAGCCUGACAGCGAUGAUGAAGCUCACAAUGCCACCGGGAAGUCAAACGUUCUUAUGGAUCAAGCAGGGCCUACACCGCCAAUCAAUAAGCCAGACACAACCCAGCCUUUGAAGGUAGGCCCCGAGACCAUCGAGCCAGAGAACCUGACCGCUACGGACGCUCCUCCCUCACCACUACCGUCCGCUACACCUAAAGCCGUGGCAUCUUUACGCAAGACACCUGGUAUGCGCUCGACCAGCAACAAGGAGAACGUUCAACCUGCGGAUGCAGGAACACCCACGCCAAGGCCCGCAACACUCUCUCAUCGACGUGUCAGCACGUACGAUGCUCUCGAGGCCGCGGCAGUACAAGCAGGGACACCGUCUACUCUUCCUCGGAAGCUUUCGGGCCCGCAGCUUCCCGUUACAGAUGCUGAGGGUCCGGGUGCGGAAGUGGCAACUGAGCUGCCAGUAGACCCGACGAACGCUAUUGAGGCGACUGAGCUGCUAGAAGAGCCUGUUAACGCCAUUGACGCGAUCGAUGCGCUCGACGAAGCAGUGGAGAAGGUAGCAGCAGAGAUGCCAGUUAUUGAGGAUUCGCCACAGAAACCAAAGUCAAAGAAAGCCGUGCCCAUCGUCCGAACCACCAAAGCAAGCCAAGCUCGGGUCUCUAUGGCGCAGGCAGAGAAGGCUGGAGCCAACAAACCAUCCGCUUCCAUCCAUCCACGCGCCUCAAAUACUCUUCGUCAAUCAUCGACUAGUAUGCGCCAAAGUAUCCUCGCCACAUCUUCGUUAACGAGUAAACGCGUACCCGCCACCACAACCGCCGCAGUGCAACCCCUUGAGAAAAAGGAGACAGUGAUUCCGCAUAGCAAGCCUCGACCCGUCUCCCUCUCCUUUCCCACCCCGCCACCGCCGUCCAAGUCAAAGAAAGCGCCCACGACGUCGACUUUUCAACUUCCAGGCGAGGCCGUAGCAGCAAAGCUCAAAGCGGCAAAGGAAGAGCGACAGAAGAGGGAAGCAGAGGCAGAGGAGAAGAAGGCUGCUUUCAAAGCCAGACCAGUCCCGACGGCAUUGCAGAAGGCGCCGAAUGUACGGCAAACCCACGCCAGCAAGGCACGCGAAUCGCUUAUGAACGCGGAAAAGCAGUAUCGUACCUACGAGCAGCGCCGCCUCCGCUGUGACCAAGCUCACGGUUACUAA